AUGGAUGGUGUAGAAAUAAUAGCAAAAUCAAUUAAAAACAGUGCUAUUGAAAAAGUAUUUGGUAUAGUUGGUGUACCGAUUACUCCAAUUGCAUAUGAAUUACAAAAGCAAGGUGUUGGAUUUUUUGGAUUUAGAAAUGAACAAAGUUGUAGCUAUGCUGCAAGUAUUGUCGGUUACUUAACCGGGUUACCAGGUUUAUGUAUGACUGUAAGUGGUCCAGGUAUGGUUCAUGCUUUGGCUGGUGUAUUAAAUGCACAAUCAAAUGGUUGGCCUUUAAUUUUAAUGUCAUCAAGUAUUUCUCUAAAUGAAAUCGGAAAAGGUGGUUUUCAAGAAUCUAAACAAAUGGAAUUAGCAGAGCAUUAUUGCAAAAAGGUUUACAAUGUUACAGAAAUCGAUCACUUCCCAGAAAUUUUAAAGGAUGCAAUCGAGACAAGUUUAUCCAAUAGACCAGGUCCAGUUUAUAUUCAAUUACCUUCAAAUAUUAUUAAAUCAAAAGGUGAAGCAAAUAUUAGAGAAGCAGCAGGUUAUGGAUCAAUUGCAAUUAAACCAAUUUUACCAGAUAUUAAUAAAGUAAAAGAUGCAGUUGAGUUAUUAAUCAAUGCUAAGAGACCGUUGGUUAUUGGUGGUAAAGGUGCAGCCUAUUGUAGAUGUGAAAAUGAAUUACUAGAGUUUAUUGAAACUACUAAAAUCCCAUUUUUACCAUCACCUAUGGGAAAGGGUUUACUUAGAGAUGACCAUCCAUUAGUGGUUGGUGCAGCUAGAUCAUAUGCCUUAAAGAAUGCAGAUGUAGUUUUGGUAUUAGGUGCUCGUUUAAAUUGGAUGUUUGGGUUUGGUAAAGCACCAGUCUUUUCACCAUCAGUUCAAUUUAUUGUUGUAGAUGUAGACCAAAACGAGGCAGUUAAUAAUCCAAAUGUUAAACCAGCAGUUAGUAUCGUUGGUGAUGCUCGUUUAACUAUUGCCGAAAUGCGUAAACUUAUUGGUGAUAGUAACUCGAUGGCAUUACCAUUAUCAAUUGAAGAUUCAUGGUGGGUAAACUUGAAAGCAGAUAUCGAAGUCAAAACUAAAUCAUUAAUGGCAUUAAUGAAUGAACCACAAAUUAAUGACACCGACUAUUUAAAUUAUCACAAAGUUUACAACUCACUUAGAAGUUUCCUUUUCCAAGAAGAUAGUAUUUUUGUCAAUGAAGGUGCCAACACAAUGGAUAUUGGUCGUAUUUGUAUUAAUCAAUCACUUCCACGUAGUCGUUUAGAUGCUGGAACCCUUGCAACUAUGGGCGUUGGUGUAGGUUACGCUAUUGCUGCUCAAAUUUGCUUCCCAAGUCGUCCAGUUGUUUGUGUUCAAGGUGAUAGUGCUUUUGGUUUUAGUGCUAUGGAAAUGGAGGUUGCCGUUCGUUACCACUUACCAAUUGUUUUCAUCGUUUUAAAUAAUAAUGGUGUUUAUGAAGGUUUAGAGUCAAUGUCCGAUGAUAAAUAUACCUGUUCUACUGAAUCUGCUUCACUUCACGUACCUCCAACCUCUUUAUUGGUUGACGUUCAAUAUGAAAAAAUCAUGCAAUCAUUUGGUGGUUCUGGCUAUUCAAUUUCAACCCUCUCUUAUUUAAAUGAACUUUGCCAACAAAUUAAAAACAAAGAAAUUAAAUUACCAGUACUUUUAAAUAUAAAAAUUAAACCAACUGGUACCAAACCAAAAAUUGUUCAUUAA